AUGGAGGCAGACACACAGGACAGGGAUGGGGGGGGACACUGCUGUGGGGCAGCUCCGGGGUGUCCCUGGGUCCCCCGGGGGGCCCUUCCCGUGGGCCCAGGGUCCCCCCACCAUUCCUGGGUGGGGGAGCAGGACCAGGACAUGGGGGUCACGGCACAUCCGCGUGGGGGGCGGGGCCCAGCCGUGGGGGGCAGAGCCCUAAUCCCUAAUCCCAAGAUGUGCUGGAUGCCGGAUGCGCCCCCGCUCCGGAUCCGGCCCCCCCAGCGCAGUCCUGAGGGGUUUGCCCUGGCAACGGGGCGAUGGGGGGGUCCGGUGGGGGGCCCCCCCCCUCAGCCGGCAGCUGGGACCAAUCGGCGUCCCCGCAGCUGACCCGCGCCACCGCGCACACCCCAUAAAUCCCGGGGUCCCUCGGGGUGCGCCGCGAGAGGUUCGGGGGGCGGCGGCGGCGCCUGGGCGGAGAGCGGGUGUCCGGGCGGCCCCGGGGGUGGCCGGCGCGGCACGGUGCAGCCGGGGUACGGUGCGGCAUGGCCGGGGGGCUGCGGGUUCCCGGCCGGGUCCUGGCCUCCCUCCUGCUCUGGGCAGCCGCGGCGGAGGCGGCCACCGGGCGGUGGUGCGAGCGGACGGUGCAGGUGACGGCAGAGGAAGAGGUGACGCCGCGGCGCGAGGACGCGGUGCCCUGCGCCAGCCUCUACCACUACAGCCUGGCGGGAUGGCGCAUCGACCGGGACCGCAUGCGCCAGGCCUACGGCGGGGACCGCGGUGAGCCCCACCGCGACGCCCAGCCCGGCGCCGGCGCCCUGCUCUGCUACAUCUACAGACCCCCGGAGAUGCGGCCGGUGGUGUGGAACCGCACGGUGCGCGCCUGCUGCCAGGGCUGGAGCGGGCCCCACUGCACCGAAGGCGAAGGCUCGCUGGGGCGCUGCUAUGGCACGUGGCGGUGCCAGGACGCCGCCGGCAGCCGCAACCUCUCCGCCAUGAGCCUGGCCGAGUGCUGCCGGCACCCCUGGGGACACAGCUGGAGGAACGGCACCGCCGCGCCCUGCGUCGCCUGCACCCGCCUGCCCCUCGCCGGAGAGCCGUCCCCGUGGCCGAUGCCUGCUGCGGCGCUGCAUGGAGCGGCCGCCCGGCACCGGGGUCCCUUGGCCAGCUGCCUCACCUGGGCCGGGUCCCGCUACCGCACCUUCGACGGGCGCCACUUCCACUUCUCCGGCGAGUGCUCCUACAGCCUGGCCGCCGCCGCCACCGGCACCUGGGCCAUCGCCAUCGCUGCCGGCAACCCCCGGGCGCUGCACAUGACCUUCGGGAUGGACACGGUGGAGGCCCGGGGCCGAAACGUCUCCGUGAACGGCGCGGCGGUGCCGGAGGGACAGCCGUACCUGCGCAACGGGAUCGGCGUCACGUGGCUGGGCGACUGGGUGGCCGUGGCGAGCGGGCUGGGCGUGCGGGUGGCCUCGGACGGGCGCCAGGCCGUCACCGUGACGGUGAGCGCCGAGCUGCGGGGCGGCACGCGGGGGCUCUGCGGGCCCUACAACGACGACCCUGCCGAUGAUUUCCUGCGGCCGGGGGGGGACGCGGCCCCCUUCGCCGCCAGCUUUGGCAACUCCUGGAAGAUCCCGGACGCCGGCUCGGAGCCCGCCUGCAGGGACGCGGUGGAGCCCGGCCCCGGCUGCGCGGCAGGCGACGCGGCGCGGCGAGCGGCCGAGGCCAUCUGCGGGACGCUGCUGGCCGAGCCCUUCCGCCAGUGCCACGGCGAGGUCGACCCGGGCGGUUUUCACGCGGCGUGCCUGGAGGUGCUGUGCCGGGAGGGCGACGCCGGGCCCUCGCCGCCCCCCGCCGCCUGCGACACCUUCGCCGCCUACGCGCGGGACUGCGCCCAGCGCCAGACCUACGUCGAGUGGCGCCGGCCCGGCUUCUGCGAGCGGCGGUGCGGCGCGGGGCAGCGGUUCUCGGACUGCGUCUCCUCCUGCCCCGCCAGCUGCGCGGCCGUGGGCAGCGCCGAGGAGGCCUCGUGUCGCCAGGACUGCGCCGGCGGCUGCGAGUGCGCGCCGGGGCUCUACCGGGACGGGGGGCUCUGCGUCCCCCCGAGCGCCUGCCCCUGCCACCACCGCCGCCAGCGCUACGCCCCGGGCCAGAGCAUCCGCCAACGCUGCAACCGGUGCACGUGCCAGGGCGGGCGCUGGCUCUGCGGCCAGGACCGGUGCCCCGGGGAGUGCGCGGUGCUGGGCGGCCGCCACUACGUCACCUUCGACGGCCGCCGCUUCUCCUUCCUGGGCGCCUGCGCCUACACCCUGGUGCAGGACUUCGUGGAGGGGCGGCUGCUGAUCACGGCCGAGCACGAGCCUUGCGACGGCCACCAGCCCCUCGGCUGCCUCCGCGCCCUCUCCGUCGGCACCCGCCGGACCGUGGCACGUCUCCGCGGCACAGGCGAGGUGACGGUGGACGGGCGGGAGGUGCCGCUGCCCUUCGCCGGCGCCGAGCUGAGCGUCCGCCGGGCCUCCUCCUCCUUCCUGCUGCUCCGGACCUUCGGCGCCCACGUCCUGUGGGGGCUGGAGACCCCCGCCGCCUACAUCACCCUCCAGCCCGCCUUCGCCGACAAGGUGCGGGGCCUCUGCGGCACCUACAACUGGAACCAGCAAGACGAGUUCACCACGCCGGCGGGCGACGUGGAGACCGGCGUCACCGCCUUCGCCAACAAGUACCGGGCGUCCGGCGACUGCCCCGCGCUGGGGCCCGUCCCCUUCGAGCCCUGCGACGCCUUUGCCGGGCGGCGGGAGCUCGCCGAGGCCGCCUGCGCCGUCCUGCACGGGCCGGCGUUCCAGCCCUGCCACCGCGCCGUGGAUCCGGAGCCGUUCCGGCAGCUCUGCCUGCGGGAAGCCUGCGCCUGCCGGGACGGGCCGCGCUGCCUCUGCCCGGUGCUGGCGGCGUAUGCGCGGCGCUGUGCGGGGGAGGGGGCAGCGCUGGCCUGGAGGAACCAGAGCUUCUGUGAUGCACCAUGCGCCGGGGGGCAGCUGCACCUCGAGUGCGGGCGUCCCUGCGGCCAGAGCUGUGCCGAGCUGCGCCUCGACGGCGCCGGCUCCUGCCCCGACCUGGCCGAGCUCUGCGUCCCCGGCUGCAACUGCCCCGCCGGGCUGGUGCUGGCCGAGGGCGGCGAGUGCGUCCCGCCGGCCGCCUGCCCCUGCCGCCACGGCACCGAGCUCUACCCCGCCGGCAGCCACGUCCGCCGCGGCUGCGACGCCUGCGUGUGCACCGGUGGGUCCUGGCACUGUGCCGAAGCCCCCUGCCCCGCCGCCGCCCUCUGCCCCGGGGGGCUGGUUCACGCGCCGGGGUCCUGCCUGCGCCGCUGCGACAGCGCCGAGCCCAACGGCACCUGCGCCGGCAUCGCCGACGGCUGCGUCUGCCCCCCCGGCACCCUCUUCCUGGACGGGCGCUGCGUGCCCCCGGACGAGUGUCCCUGCCACCACGGCGGGCGGGCGUACCGCCCCAACGACACCAUCGCCCGGGACUGCAACACCUGCGUGUGCCGGCGGCAGCGGUGGCACUGCGGCCGCGAGGAGUGCGCGGGGACCUGCGUGGCCGCGGGGGACCCCCACUACGUCACCUUCGACGGGCGAGCCUUCUCCUUCCCGGGGGACUGCGAGUACCUGCUGGCGCGCGAGGCCGCCGGCCGCUUCGCCGUCACCGCCGAGAACGUCCCCUGCGGCACCGGCGGCGUCACCUGCACCAAGUCGGUGGUGGUGGUGCUGGGCAACACCAUGGUGCACAUGCUGCGGGGGAGGGACGUGACGGUGAACGGGGUCUCGGUGCGACCCCCCAAAACCUACAGCGGGACGGGGCUGACGCUGGAGCGCGCCGGCCUCUUCCUCCUCCUCCUCUCCCGCCUGGGGCUGGCGGUGCUCUGGGAUGGAGGCACGCGGGUGUACGUCCAGCUGGAGCCGCGGCACCGGGGCCGCGUGGCCGGGCUCUGCGGCAACUUCGACGGCGACGCCGAGAACGACUUCGCCAGCCGGCAAGGGGUGCUGGAGCCCACCGCCGACCUCUUCGGCAACUCCUGGCGCCUCAGCCUGCUCUGCCCCGAGGUCGACGGCGCCGACGCGCGGCACCCCUGCACCGAGAGCCCCCACCGCGCGACGUGGGCCCGGCAGCGCUGCGGCGUCCUCCGGCAGCGGCUCUUCGCACCGUGCCACGACGCGGUGCCGUGCCAGCGCUUCUACGACUGGUGCGUCUUCGACGCCUGCGGCUGCGACUCCGGCGGUGACUGCGAGUGCCUGUGCACGGCCAUCGCCACCUACGCCGAGGAGUGCGGCCGGCGCGGCGUCCACAUCCGAUGGAGGAGCCAGGAGCUGUGCCCCCUGCAGUGCGAGCGGGGGCUGGAGUACAGCGCCUGCGGCCCCCCCUGCGCCCCCUCCUGCCGCCACCUCGGCCGGGAGCCCCCCGAGCACUGCCGGGGGCUGCCCUGCCUCGAGGGCUGCUUCUGCCCCCCGGGGAGGGUCCUGCACGAGGGCGGCUGCAUCGAGCCCGCCGAGUGCCCGUGUUUCUGGGACGGCCUCGCCUUCCCGGCCGGCGCCGCGGUGCGGCAGGGCUGCAAGAACUGCACGUGCGCGGCGGCUCGGUGGCAUUGCCGCCCCUCGCCGGAGCCCUGCCCGGCCGAGCCGCCUUGCGCCGAGUGGGAGUUCGCGUGCCGCGCCGACGGGCGCUGCGUGCCGGGCGCCUGGGUCUGCGACAGCGAGGAAGACUGCGGCGACGGCUCGGACGAGAUCUGCGCCCCGCGCUGCGCCCCGCACCAGCACCGCUGCGCCGACGGGCAGUGCCUGACCUGGGGUGCCCGCUGCGACGGCGUGACCGACUGCCGCGACGGCUCCGACGAGGGCGGCUGCCCCCGCCCCCCCUGCGCCCCCCACGAGUUCGGCUGCGCCAGCGGCCGCUGCCUCCCCCCGGCACGCGUCUGCGACGGCGAGCUGGACUGCGGCUUCGCCGACGACUCCGACGAGGCAGGCUGCAGCCCGAGCUGCGAGGCGGGCGAGUUCCGCUGCGCGGUGGGCCGCUGCGUGCCGUACCCGCACCGCUGCGACGGCCGCGACGACUGCGGCGACGCGAGCGACGAGCGCGGCUGCGUCUGCCCCGCCGGCCACCUCCAGUGCCCCGACGGACGGUGCCUGCCCCCCGCCGCCGCCUGCGACGGCCGCCGCGACUGCGCCGACGGCACCGACGAGGAUUUCUGCCCAGACCGGGCGACCUGCGCCCCCGGGCAGCUCCCGUGCCCCGACGGCUCCUGCGUCGGCGAGGCCGCGAUCUGCGACGGCGUCCGCGACUGCCGGGACGGCUGGGACGAGAGCCCGGCGGGGUGCGCGGCGGCACUGCUGGCUGCUGCGCUCACCACGCCCGCCAACGCCUCGGAAGCGCCGGCGUGCGGCCCGUACGCCUUCGCCUGCGGGAGCGGGGAGUGCGUGGCGCGGGGCUGGCUCUGCGACGGCGAGGCCGACUGCCGCGACGGCAGCGACGAGCUGGGCUGCGCCGGCGGCUGCGAGGCCGGCAGCCUCCCCUGCGCCCACGGCACCGGCUGCGUCCCCUACGGCCGCCUCUGCGACGGCGUCCCCCAUUGCCGCGACGGCUCCGACGAGAGCGCCGACCGCUGCGGCUCCACCGCCAUCCCGCCGUGCCCGGGGCUCUUCGCCUGCGACGACGGCGUCUGCCUGAACGUGUCGAGGGUCUGCGACGGUGCCGCCGACUGUCCCCGCGGCGAGGACGAGCUGGCCUGCGAGAGCCGCGUCCUCGCCGGCGGGAGCAACCGGACGGGGGGUCCCUGCGCCGAAUACGAUUGCGGGGGGGGGGAGUGCGUCGCCUUCGAGCAGGUGUGCGACGGGGUGCCGGACUGCGGCGCCGGCGGGGAGGCGCCCCGGGACGAGCGGGACUGCGGGGUGUGGGGGCCGUGGGGGGCGUGGGGCGCCUGCACCCGCUCCUGCGGCCCCGGCCUGCAGCGGCGCGCCCGGGGCUGCCGCCAGCACCGAGCCGGGGUGCUGCACCGGUGCCACGGCCAGGCCGCGCAGCAGCGGCAGUGCUUCAGCGUCGCCUGCCCCGUGGACGGCGCCUGGAGCGAGUGGGGGACGUGGUCCAACUGCACGGGGGGCUGCGGCGGGGUGCGCCUGCGGCGGCGGGACUGCCAGCCCCCCCAGAACGGCGGCCGCCACUGCGCCGACCUGCCCGGCGCGUCCCCCGCCACCCUCGACAUGGGCCCCUGCGAGCCAGGGGGCUGCCCCAACGCCUCCGCCUGCCCCGGGGGGCUGCGGCCGUGGCCCUGUGCCCCCUGCCCUGCAUCCUGCGCCGACGUCGCCGCCGGCACGCGGUGCCGGCACGACAGACCCUGCCGCCCAGGGUGCUGGUGCGCAGCGGGGCUGGUGCUGGACGCCGGCGGCGGCCGGUGCGUGCGCCCGCGGGAUUGCCCCUGCCAGGCCGGGGGGCUGCGGUACCGGCCGGGGCAGCCGGUGAAGGUGAGCUGCCGCCUCUGCACCUGCCUGGAGGGACAACUGCGGCGCUGCCGCCAAAACCCCGACUGCACCGUGCACUGCGGCUGGUCGGCGUGGUCGCCGUGGGGCGAGUGCCCGGGACCCUGCGGCACCCAGAGCGUCCAGUGGUCCUUCCGCAGCCCCACCAACCCCAGCCGGCGCGGCGGCGGCCGGCACUGCCGCGGCAUCUACCGCAAGGCCCGACGGUGCCAGACGGCGCCGUGCCAGCAGUGCCAGCACCAGGGCCGGCGGCGCGCCCCGGGGGAACGGUGGCGCGGGGGGCCGUGCCACGUCUGCCAGUGCCUGCCAAACCUGGCCGUCCGGUGCUCGCCGUACUGCCCCCACCGCGCCGCCGGCUGCCCCCAGGGCCGGGUGCUGGUGGAGGGUCGCGGGGACUCCUGCUGCUACUGCGCCCCAGCGGGUGACAACGGCACGGCCCUCCGCACCGCGCCGACGGUGGAACCCCGCUCUGUGCCGACGAUGGCGGCCCCCCCCGCACCGACGACGGAGCCCCCCGGCAGCCCCCUCCUCACCUUCCCGCUGCCUCCCCUCGGCGACCCCUGCUACCGCCCGCUGGGCAUCGCCUCCCUGCCGGACACCAGCUUCGGCGCCUCCUCGGAGGCGGCGGGGACCCCCGCCCGCGCCGCCCGCCUGCACGCCGGCCACGCCGGGCAGGAGCUGCGCGGCUGGGCCCCCCCGGACGACGCCUACGCGGCGCUGCUCGACGACCCCCCCUUCCUGCAGCUGGACCUGCCGGAGCCCACCAACAUCACCGGGCUGGCGGUGCAGGGAGCCGGCUCCGCCGACGCCUUCGUCACCACCUUCCUGCUCCAGUUCAGCGCCGACGGCGCCCGCUGGCACCGGUACCGCCAGGUCGCCGCCGCCGGCCGGCCCGAGGCCGAGCUCUUCCAGGGUAACUGGGACGCCGGCACGCCGGCGCUGCGGCUGCUGGGCCGCAUGGUGCAGGCGCGGCACGUCCGCAUCGUCCCCCGCGACUUCCACAACCGCAUCGUCCUGCGCGCCGAGCUGCUGGGCUGCCCCCCCGUGCCCCCUGCCCGGCUCGGGGCCGCGCCGACGCCGCUGCCGGUGGCGCCGGUGGCGGGGAGCGGGCCCCCCUGCGGCGCGGGGGAGUUCCGGUGCGGGACGGGGGGCUGCGUCCCCGGGGGUCCCGGCGGUGCCCUCUGCGACGGCGUCGACGACUGCGGCGACCUCUCGGACGAGCUGCCCUGCGGGCUGGCCCCCCCGGUGACCCCCACCGCUGCCGGGCUGUGCCCCCCGGCCCGCUUCGCCUGCCCGGGCCCCGGCGGGUGCCUCCCGGCGUCGCGGAGGUGCGACGGCGUCGCCGACUGCCCCGACGGCACCGACGAGGCCGGCUGCGAGCCCCCCAGCGCCGCGGCCCCCGCGGCUGCCGGCGUCCUGGUGCCGACGUCCCGGCCGCCAUCGGUGCCCCCGGCCACGGGGUCCCCCGGGACGGGCCCCCGGCUGCUCCCCGAAGGUGCCGAGCCCACCCCGACAGGGCAGUCGGGAGCCGAGCCCCCCCUCCAGCCCCCCGCCACCACGCAGGCCCCGCCCCGAGCCGGAGCCCCCAGCCCCACCGUGCCGGGAGCCCCCCCCGACACCCCGACACCCCCCGGCACCCUGCCGACGGGCACCGGCCCCCCCGGGGAGCCCCCCUCUGCCAGACCCCCCCCGGCGUCCCCCCGGCUCCCGGCGCUGCCCUCCCCAGCCCCGACGGGGGUCCCCACCCCGACACCCCAAGGCGGCCCCCCCGGCCCCCCCAGCCCCCCCGGGCUGCCCCCCCCGAGCGGCGCCCCCCCCGCCUGCCCACCCAAGCAGUUCCCCUGCGACUCAGGGGGCUGCCUGCCCCCCGAAAAGCGCUGCGACCUGCGCCCCGACUGCCCCGACGGCUCCGACGAGAGCGACUGCGCCGACUGCGUCCUGGCGCCCUGGGGCGAGUGGGGGUCCUGCAGCCGCUCCUGCGGGCUGGGGGUCACCCUGCGCCGGCGGGCCCUGCUGCGGGGGGCUCUGCCCGGGGGGGGCUGCGCCCGCCCCCGCCUCCACACCCGCCCCUGCUUCCUCCGUGCCUGCCCAGUGCCCGGCGGCUGGGCGCCCUGGGCGUCCUGGUCCCCCUGUGAUGCCUCCUGUGGGGGGGGCCUGCGGAGCCGGGCGCGGAGCUGCAGCGACCCCCCCCCGAAGAAUGGGGGGCCGCCCUGCGCGGGGGGGUCCCUCCAGACCCAGCCCUGCAACCUGCAGCCCUGCGGGGACCCCCCAGCCUGCGGCCCCGAGAUGGUGUUUGUGCGGGCUGGGGGCUGCGAGGAGCAGGGGGUCCCCCCCUGCCCCCCAACCUGUGGGGACCUGAGCACCAACGGCUCCUGCCCCAGCCCCUGCCCCGAGGGCUGCCGGUGCCCGCCGGGGCUGUACCUGCAGGACGGCGGCUGCGUCACCGCCGGCCAGUGCCGGUGCCACCUGCCCCACCAGCACCGCCAGCCCGGAGAGGUCUUCGCGUGGGGCUGCCGCCGGUGCACGUGCCGGGAGGGGACGGUGACGUGCGAGGACGCAGCCUGCGCCGUGGACUGCGGCUGGUCCGCCUGGUCGCCCUGGACCCGCUGCGACGGCGGCUGCGGCGCGGGCACGCAGGAGCGGUUCAGGUCGCCCUCCAACCCCGCGGCCGCCGGCGGCGGAGCCCCCUGCGCCGGGGAGGCCCGGGAGGCGCGGGGGUGCCACGAGCCCUGCGGCACCGAGCCCGGCACCAUCUGGAGCGCGUGGGCGCCCUGGUCGGCGUGCUCCGCGCCCUGCGGCUCCGGCGAGCAGACGCGGCACCGGGCCUGCGCCUCCGCGGCACGUGGUGGACCCGAGUGCGCCGGCACCCACGUCCAGACGCGGGACUGCAACACCCAGCCCUGCCGCGCGCGGUGCCCGGGGGCCAUGGUGUACCGGACGGCGGAGGAGUGCCGGCGCGGCGGUGGGCCCUGCCCGCGGCUCUGCCUCGACCUGGGCGCCGGCGUGGAGUGUGCCGCGCUGUGCCGCGACGGCUGCGCCUGCCCGGCCGGGCUCCUGCUGCAGAACCAGAGCUGCGUGCCGCCGGGGCGCUGCUCCUGCUACCACCGCGGCCGCCUCUACCGGCCCCGCGCCACCGCCGCCCUCGACGCCUGCAACACCUGCACCUGCGUGGCCGGGGCGAUGGUGUGCGGCGCCCAGCCCUGCCCAGAGGCGCCGUGGGGCGCGUGGUCCCCGUGGGGGCCCUGCAGCGCGUCCUGCGGCGGGGGCGAGCGGCUGCGCCGGCGGCAGUGCCAUGAGCCGCCCUGCGCCGGGCUGGGCCUGCAGAGCCAGAUCUGCAACACCCAGGUGUGCCGCGCCCUGCCCUAUAGCCCUCUCUGCCCUAUAGCCCCAUCCCUUAGCUCUGCCCCUACAGCCCCAUCCCUUAGCUCUGCCCCUACCCCUGCUGCCCAGCCCAGCCCCCCAGCCCUGCCCCACCUCCUUCCCCCAGCCCGGUGGGUGCUGACCCCCCGGGUGCCCGCAGAGGCCGGCUGCCCGCCGGGGCGGCUGUUCCGGGAGUGCCCGGGGGGCGAGGGGUGCCCCUACACCUGCGCCCACCUGGCCGGGCGGGUGGGCUGCGCCGAGGGGGGCUGCCUGGAAGGGUGCCACUGCCCCCCCGGCACCUACCUGCACCGCGGCGCCUGCCUCCAGGAGUGCCCCUGCGUGCUGACGGCGCAGCUCCUGCGGGAGCUGCAGAACGGCUCCACCGCCCCCCCGGCGCCCCCCGGCCCGGGCACCCCCAGCCCCCUCCUCGCCCCGGGCCAGGAGGUGCCCUCGGGCAGCGCCCUGCACCUGCCCUGCGCCAACUGCACCUGCCUGCACGGCCGCCUGCGCUGCUCAGAGCCGGGGUGCCGGGGGGCGGAGGGGUUCGGGCCCUGGGGGCCCUGGAGCCCCUGCUCGCCCGGCUGCGGGGGGCUGGGGGUCAGCACCCGCCGGCGGACCUGCGGCAGCCCCUCGCCCGCCCCGGGGGGGCCGCGCUGCGCCGGGCCCCGCACCGACACCAAGUACUGCCGGCGCCCCGACUGCCCCGGUGGGUCAGCGCCCGCGCCGUGGGGCUGGGCCCCACACCCGGACCCCGCCGUGGGGCACGGCCCAGCCCCGCGCUGCGCCGGGGGUCCCAGCCCCAGCCCCAGCCCCUUGUCCCCUGCGGGUCCCAGCUCCUUAUCCCCGUGGGUCCCAGCCCCUCCGCCGGGGGUCCCAGCCCCAGCCCCUUGUCCCUGUGAGUCCCAGCCCUUCCCCCGGGGGUCCCAGCCCAGCCCUGUGUCACGCGUGGGUCCCAGCCCCUCCGCCGGGGGUCCCAGCCCAGCCCUGUGUCACACGUGGGUCCUAGCCCCUCCGCCGGGGGUCCCAUCCCCAGCCCCUUGUCCCCUGUGGGUCCCAGCCCCUCCGCCGGGGGUCCCAUCCCCAGCCCCUUGUCCCCUGUGGGUCCCAGCCCCUCCGCCGGGGGUCUCAGCCCCAGCCCCUUGUCCCCUGUUGGUCCCAGCCCCAGCCCCUUGUCCCCUGUGGGUCCCAGCCCCUUGUCCCCUGUGGGUCCCACCCCUCCACCGGGAGUCCCAGCCCCUUGUCCCCUGUGGGUCCCACCCCUCCACCGGGGGUCCCAGCCCCUUGUCCCCUGUGGGUCCCAGCCCCUUGUCCCCUGUGGGUCCCACCCCUCCACCGGGAGUCCCAUCCCCAGCCCCUUGUCCCCUGUGGGUCCCACCCCUCUACCGGGGGUCCCAGCCUCAGCCCCUUGUCCCCUGUGGGUCCCAGCUCCUCCGCCGGGGGUCCCAGCCCCAGCCCUGUGUCACGCGUGGGUCCCAGCUCCACCCUUGUAGCUCCACGUGUGGGUCCCAGCCCCAUCCCUACAUCAAGUGUGGGUCCCAGCCCCUCCGCCGUGGGUCCCAUCCCCUCUGCCCCAUGGCACCGUGGGCCCCGUCGCAGGCGGUGUCACCCCCUUUCCCCCCACUCCCCCCAGCAGUGACCAGCCCCACGCCGGAGCUCGGCCCCAGCACCCCUGGUGCUGAGGCGGGGGAGGAGGAAGAAGAGGAAGAGGAGGAAGAAGAGGAAGAGGAGGAAGAAGAGGAAGAGGAGGAAGAAGAGGAGGAGGAAGAGGAGGAGGGGGGCUUCGGGCCCUGGUCUCCCUGGACCCCCUGCUCCAAGACCUGCACCAGCCCCGAGGCUCCGGCCACCAAGAGCCGCAGCCGGGCCUGCGGCCGGGCGGGGGGCUGCAGCGGGGAGGGCGUCCAGCAGUGGGUCUGCAACCUGCCCCACUGCGCAGCCCCCCCGUGCCCGGGCGAGGCCUGCGCCGGCCGGGACUGCGCCUGGACGCCGUGGGGCCCGUGGGGUGGCUGCUCCCGCAGCUGUGGGGGGGGGCUGCAGAUCCGCCUGCGUGCCUUCACCCCCCCCGGGCCGGGGGGCCGCUGGUGCCCCCACAUCCUCAGCGCCAACACCCAGCGCCGCUUCUGCAGCCUGCAGGCCUGCAAGGCCGCCGGCGCCUGGUCGGGCUGGAGCCCCUGGUCCCGCUGCGACCGCAGCUGCGGGGGGGGGCGCUCCGUGCGCAGCCGCUCCUGCACCCGCCCCCCCCCCAAAAACGGGGGGCCCCCCUGCCCCGGGGAGCGGCACCAGCUGCGCCUCUGCAACCCCCAGCCCUGCGGGCAGGGCUGCCCCCCCGGCCUGGCUCCCACCCCCUGCGCCAACCGCUGCCCGCGGCACUGCCGGGACCUGCAGCAGGGCCUGGCCUGCGGGGAGCAGGAGCCCUGCGCCCCCGGCUGCCGCUGCCCCCCCGGCACCCUGGAGCAGGCGGGCUCGUGCGUGCCCCCCACGCGCUGCGCGUGCACGGACGCGGAGGGCCGCGCGUGGCCGCCCGGCAGCCGCCCCCCGCAGCGCUGCGGGCGGUGCCGGUGCGGGGGGGGCCGCCUGCGCUGCGCCCCCGGCCGCUGCCCCCCCGCCCCCUGCGCCUGGGGGCCGUGGGCGCCCUGUGACGUCACCUGCGGGCGGGGCCGGCAGCGCCGCGUCAGGAGCCCCGGCGCGGCGCGGGGGGCCGGCGGGUGCGGGGGGCUGCGGGAGCAGAGCCGGGGGUGCGCGGCGGGGCCCUGCCCCCCGCUGUGCCUCGACGGCGGCGGCACGCGGCGGCACGUGGGCGAGUGGUGGCCGCUGGGCGAGUGCCGGCGAUGCACCUGCACCCCCGACGGCACCCGCUGCCAGGACGAGCCGUGCGCCGACACAGAGGCGGGGGGCUGCGCCUGGGGGCCGUGGGGACCCUGCUCCCGCUCCUGCGACACCGGGCUGGCCGCGCGCGAGGCCGCCUGCGACCCACGGCACCGGCACCGGCGCCAGCACGCGGCGUGUUACCUGCGGCCCUGCCCAGACACCUGCCCGUGGAGCCCCUGGAGCCCCUGGAGCCCCUGCUCGUGCCGCGCCCCAUGGCAGCACCGCCACCGCCACCGGCAGGGCCCCGGCGCCUGCGCCGGCCUCGACGCCCAGAGCCAGCCCUGCCACCCCGCGGGGUGCUCCGCCACCGCCUGCCCACCCCCGCUGCAGCACCUGCAGUGCCGACCCCCCUGCGCCGGCACCUGCGCCGGGCACCGGCACCCCGAGGCGUGCGGCGAGAGCGGGGGGUGCGAGGGGGGGUGUGCGUGUCCCCAGGGGCUGCUGGAGGAGGCUGGGCGCUGUGUCCCCCCCGAGGAGUGCGGCUGCUGCUGCCUGCCCGCCGGGCCGGGGGACCCCCGCCUCCUGUCUGCCGGCGAGACCCUGCGCCUGGGCUGCAAGGAGUGCGUUUGCCAGAACGGGACCCUGCAGUGCAGCAUCGAUGGCUGCCGGGGGCUGCUGCCGCUGAGUCCCUGGUCGGAAUGGGCGCCCUGCGAGCCCUGCCAGCCCCUGCCCACGCUCGGCCCCAGCACCCUCGCCCAGCUGCUGGCCACGACGCCGACGGAGGGGGACGCCGGUGGGGGGUCUCGGCCCUGGCCGCGGUGCAAGCAUCGCUACCGAACCUGCCUGGACCCCCAGACCGGGCUGCCCUGGGCCGGCAGCGGGGAUGUCUGCACGGCUGAGCUGCAGCAAGAGCGGCUCUGCCCGGAGCCCCACGCCUGCCACGAUCUCUGUCUCUGGAGCGCCUGGGGUCCCUGGGGACCCUGCCAGGACCCCUGCAGCGGGGGCUACCGCCUGCGCCAGCGCCAGCCCCAGCACCCGGCGGGCGGCCGGCAGUGCCGCGGCACCCACUCGCAGACCGAGAGCUGCAACGCGGCCACCUGCCCAGGGGAGGCCUGCGAGGAGCGGGGACGGGCCUUCGAUCCCUCCUGUGCCAACGGCUGCCCCCGCGCCUGCGCCGACCUCUGGCCCCACGUUGAGUGUCUGCAGGGGCCCUGCAAGCCAGGGUGCCGGUGCCCCCCGGGGCAGCUGCUGCAGGACGGGGCGUGCGUGGCCGUCGCCGAGUGCCGCUGCGGGCUGCGCGGCGCCAACAGCAGCCGGAGCUGCGGCCGGGGCAGGCGGCCGAGCUGGGGGUGCCACAACUGCACGUGCGCCAACGGCACCUUGGCCUGCCCGGCCGCGGCGUGUCCGUCCUAUGGGCCGUGGUCGCCGUGGGGCCCUGCACCCGCACCUGCGGCGGCAGGCAGCACCUCCCGGCACCGCGGCUGCCAGGAGAGCGCCGGGGGGGUGCCCUGCGGGGCCGGACCCACCGAGGAGACGGCCGCGUGCAACACGGAGCCCUGCCCCAGUGAGCAGUGCGAGGGGUGCCGGUGCCAGCGAUGGUGCUGGUGCCGGUGCCGGUGCCGGCGCCAGCAAUGGUGCCGUGAUGGUGCCAGCGAUGGUGCUGGUGCUGGUGCCGGCGAUGGUGCCCGUGCCGGUGCCCUCGACGGUGACGGCGCCGCGCCCCGUGCCGCCGCAGCCUGUCCCGCGGGGGAGCGCUGGCAGGGCCCCGGGGCGCCGGGCGGCUGCGAGCCGAGCUGCCGGGACCUCUCCGGCCAGCCCAACUGCAGCCGCCCCCCGGCGCCCGGCUGCACCUGCCGGCCCGGCCUCUACCGCGGCGGCACCGGCCGCUGCGUCCCCGCCGCCCUCUGCGAGUGCCGGCACCGCGGGCGGCUGCGCCAGGCCGGCAGCGAGUGGCAGGAGGAGUGCGAGACGUGCCGCUGCGCCGACGGGCGGGCUGCCUGCGCCCCCGGCUGCGCCCCCACCGCCUGCCCCCAGGGCACGGUGAAGGUGCGGGAGCCGGGGAGGUGCUGCCCCGUGUGCCGCGAGGAGUGGCCGGAGGAGCCCUCCUCCAUGUGCCGGCGCUUCACCGAGCUGCGCCCCAUCGCCAAGGGCCCCUGCGCCCUGCCCGCCGUCGAGGUCAGCUACUGCGCCGGGCGCUGCCGCUCCCGCACCACCGUCACCCCCCAGGAGCCGUACGUGGAGACCCUCUGCGAGUGCUGCAGCUACCGCCUGGACCCCCGCAGCCCCGUCCGCCUCCUGCACCUGCCCUGCCCGGAGGGGCCGGCGCGGCCCGUCCUGCUCCCCGUCAUCCACAGCUGCCAGUGCAGCAGCUGCCGGGGUGGGGAUUUCUCCCGGCGCUGAGGACCCCUCCCCAGGCUGGACGCCCCCCAAGGCGGGACACCCCCCUCCCUCAGCACCCCUGGGAUGUGCCGGUGCUCCGGCCCCUGUCCUGGUUCGCAAUAAAUCUGCAGGAACAGC